CCGGCGGAAUUCAAGCACCUUCUUCAUUCGCUCUGAUUCAAAUCAGAUGAUGGCUCGGCUGAAUUGGGGGACCUAGUGGAGGCCAUGUGAAGAGAGACCAUCAAGAUUCUUCUCCCACUGGUUUUCAGUCUAAGAUGUCGAACUCAAAGCUGCAUAUGGGCCUGUCCAUGGAAUGUCUGUGCAAAUUGAACGUGCCUUCCCGUCGCGGCCCGCAACGGAUGAUUAAUUGAAACCAUGGAUCAAACAUUAACUUUACACUUAAGCAGUAAGGAUAAACAUUCGGGGGAGAUCUAAAACCAUAAGCAAAACAUCACGUGGAAAGAGUUUAAUCUCACCGCUAGUCUCUGUCAGUUUCUUCAUCGACUUCUCUUCAACUGCGGGAGCACUCCACUCCAGAUUCCUACGUACAUCGACACCAUAGAACGACCUUCAUGUACCCGUCAUCUACAUGCCAUUGUCGCCUUUCCCGAUUCGAGUCGGGGUACAUCCCACUUAGGAUGCAGGAUUAUAGCCUGGGAUUCUGCCCGCCAGUCAUAUGCAGUCCGACAUCGCGGAGACGACUAGUAAUGCAUAGGACGAACCUACCACGAACAGAGAUGACCCUCCAUGACGCCCGCUCUCGCGCCCAGCCCAGAAUAUGCCACCAUGGUACUGGAAUAGAACGAGAAAUGGAGCUGCUCGUAGAGACCCUUCAACUUGAUGUCUCCAUCAAGCAAUGUCCAAUCGCCGUUACCAUUUCGUCCAAACCUACUUCUCAUCGUCGUAUUGAUCAUACCUUAGACCCGGCAACCAAGCAUUCUACUUCGAAGUACUUCGAUGUCACAUCGGCGUUCCCAUUAUGCUGCUGAAAGAUGACCCCCAUGCAUGCAAGCGGAGUCCAUUCUUGCCGGACGGCGGGCCGUUCCAAGCAAAGGGUUCAAUGACAGUUGCAAAGAAGAACGGCCACGCGGGAUUGACUUGAACUGACCUGAGUAGGAAAGGCUGGGCUGCAGACCAUUCUCUCAACAGCCAGUCCGAUGGUGACACGAACUCCCUCAAGUCAUCUUCUACAGAAGUAUUGGUUCUCGGAUUUCUUCAACUAUUCCAAGCUGGGCGAAGAAAUUACCCCUCUCGGCCUCCCACAACGCCUGUUCUUCUGGAAUAUCUGCUAUGAUCUGGGAGCAAUCAACGUCUUUUUGCGGGUCUCUUUCGAAUCCGCUAUCUCUAUUUUCAGCCUGUGCGGAAAGAGCGCUGAAGAAGUCUACGUCCUUGGGAAGAACAGUGGGGCCAGAGACUUGCUCUUGUCCAGUCGAUGAGAUACAUGAACCGGAAUGGCUCCAUCUCCGAACUCUAAAGUUGGUUAUGGUAGUCUCUCGAUUUGGAAUUUCUCUCACACCCCCUUCAAUGACACACUCUCUGAAGAACUUUUUCUGCACUCAUGAGCCGUCUCGAGUCAAACUGCCGCACUCUCAUGCACAGAGAGGACCUUAGACUUUCGCCUGGCGGAUAACCUCCCUGAAAAGGCUAAAGAGGUAUUUUGACAUGGCCUUAGAACUGGAAAUGAAUUCUAGGAUUCGGUUUUUUCUGAGACCAAUGUCUCUGAGUCCGUUAUCUAGCCGCUGGUCAGUAGCCAGGAGUUUCUAGAUCUCGAUGGAGGAGCUUGAGCUAUAGCUUUAAGCCCCUCUGCCAGUCUUUGACCCCUCAUGUUCCACUCUCUCCUAUAUUAUCCUACCCUUCGUGCAUUGCUUCGUACCUUUUCCAAACUUCUCCUCAUUUACACAGUUCCAUAUAUGCAGCCCUCUGCAGCCUAUUUCUGACCUCUUGCCCCGCGAUCUCCAUUUACCGGCAGAACUGCUACAUCUUCUGUGUACAGUGGUUCAUCCACCCUCAUGGGCAGGGACUUCUUGCGUGGAUGCUGGCUGAUGAGCGAUGGACACUGUCAACGAGCCAAUUGCUAUAAUUGGCACUGGUUGUCGAUUCCCUGGGCAGUCGAAUACAACGGCAAAACUAUGGGAGCUUCUCAGUCAGCCCAGAGAACUCUCUGUUCCGAUCCCACCGAGCAGAUUCAAUGCUGACGGCUUCUACCACCCAGAUGGUUUCCAUCAUGGCACUUCCAAUGUUCAAAGGUCAUACUUCCUCUCCGAAGAUGUUCGCAAGUUCGACUCCCAAUUCUUCAAUAUCUCUACUGCCGAAGCAGAGUCAAUGGAUCCUCAACAACGGCAACUUUUGGAAGUGGUAUUCGAGGCAAUGGAAUCUGCAAACCUAACCAUGGAAGAGAUGCGCGGAACGCCAACAGCUGUCUACGUGGGGCUGAUGUGUGAUGAUUACUCUGGUCUUAUAUUCGCUGAUAUGGAAACCCUGCCGACAUACGGCGCCACCGGCGCGGCCCGCAGCAUCCUUUCGAAUCGGAUAUCUUAUUUCUUUGACUGGACCGGGCCGUCGAUGACAAUUGACAGUGCCUGCUCUUCCAGCUUAGUGGCAGUACAUCAAGCUGUCCAAACAUUGAGGAACGGCGAGUGUCGGGUAGCCAUGGCAGCAGGUGCAAAUCUUAUCCUCAGCGCGCGGAUGUUUGUUGCGGAAAGUAAGCUGAAAAUGCUUUCGCCUAAUGGUCGGUCUCGAAUGUGGGAUGCUGGCGGAGAUGGCUACGCUCGCGGAGAGGGUAUAGCCGCUGUCAUGUUGAAACGAUUAAGUGAUGCCAUCGCCGAUGGUGACCACAUAGAAUGUGUUAUACGCGAAACAAGUGUCAACCAAGGUGGCCGAUCGACAGGACUCACAGUACCGAAUCCUGUUGCCCAAGUGAACUUGAUUCGUCAGACAUAUGCCAAAGCUGGGCUUGACUUGAAUCGCUCUGAAGAUAGACCGCAGUAUUUCCAAGCACAUGGCACGGGUACCAAGGUCGGGGACUUGAAUGAAGCGACAGCAAUACAUAAUACGUUCUUUGGUAAAGAAGAAGAUCUAAACAAAGACAAACUCUUCGUCGGAAGUAUAAAGACUGUGAUUGGUCACUCAGAAGGAGCAGCUGGUAUUGCCGGGAUGUUGGAGGCUUGCCUUGCUGUCAAGCAUGGAGUAAUACCGCCAAAUCUUCAUUUCGAGACUCUAAAUCCUAACUUGGAACCAUUCAUACAUCAUCUCGAAGUUCCAACAAAAGCUCAGAAGUGGCCCGAAACGUCCAGUGUAGUAAGAAGAGCAAGUGUAAACAGUUUUGGCUUCGGAGGCACAAAUGCGCACGUGAUUUUAGAGAAUGCCCCUGCAUUGCCCACCACGCAGGCGUCUGAGUUAUCAACAAUUGUACUCCCGUUCAUAUUCUCCGCAGCUUCAGAAAGAUCUCUCGGAUCUUUGUUGUUCAACUACUCUCAGUUUUUGAGCAACAAACCAGAUAUGGAUUUACACGCAUUGUCGUGGACCCUUGUCUCCCGGCGAUCAGUAUUCACACAUAAAGUAUGCUUCACUGCGCAAAGCUCGUCGGAACUCCGAGCCAAGUUGGAUGAUGAACUUGAGCAUAGAGCAAAUGGGACUUCAAUAUCAAUUUCAUUGCGUCCCAGCACGAAGCCGCAACGAAUCCUAGGCGUCUUCACAGGACAAGGAGCACAGUGGGCAGCAAUGGGAUGGGACUUGAUUUCAAAGUCGUCAGUCGGGAAAUCAACUCUCAGAAGUCUAGAACAAUCACUGGCAUCGCUUCCUGCAGAUCAUCGACCUCAAUGGACUCUCGAAGCUGAACUGUCUGCCCCGGCAUCGACGUCCCGGAUAGCCGAAGCCAUUAUCUCGCAACCUUUAUGCACGGCUAUUCAGAUUAUCCUCGUCGAUCAUCUGCGAGCAAUAGGAGUAAAUUUCUCUGCUGUCGUGGGCCACUCGUCUGGAGAAAUAGGUGCAGCAUACGCCGCAGGAUUUAUUUCCGCUGAUGCAGCUAUCAAAGUUGCAUACUACAGAGGAUUCUUCGCGAACCUAGCUGGUGCCGGAAGGAAAGGUGCUAUGAUAGCUGUAGGACUUUCGAGGACCGAAGCUGUUGAGUUCUGCCAGCUCCCUCAAUACCUUGGCAGGAUCGUCAUUGCAGCUAGCAACUCGUCUACGAGUGUCACGCUUUCCGGAGACGACGAUGCUGUUCAGGAGGCCAAAGAUUAUUUCGAGGCAAAAGAGAUAUUUGCAAGAAUUCUCAAGGUGGACACGGCAUAUCAUUCGCAUCACAUGCUUCCGUGCUCAGCUCCUUACCUGCAAGCACUCAAGGAUUGCAACAUCGAGCUCCUGCCUAGAUCUGAUGGUGCCUGUACAUGGUACUCCAGUGUAUACGAAGGCGAGGAGAUGGAUGCUCGAGAAGCCCUGCUUGGAUCAUACUGGAUGGAUAACAUGCUCAACGCUGUUCUCUUCUCUCAGUCAGUCGAGGCGUCUCUUGCCAAAGAUUCAUACGAUGUUGCAAUCGAACUUGGUCCCCAUCCAGCGCUCAAAGGGCCGGUUUUGCAAACGAUUCAAGAAAUCACAGAGGCGAAGAAGCCUAUGCCUUACUUCGGACUGUUUGGACGUGGAAAGACUGGAAUCGAGACCUUUGCCGAUACCCUGGGCUCACUGUGGAUGCACCUCGGUUCAAAGUCAUUUGAUGCUGGAACCUACAGUCAAAUCUUCCAUGGCACAGGUCCGCGCUCUACAGUCCAAGAUCUCCCAACGUACCCAUGGGACCACGAACGCACUCUAUGGUAUGAAUCUCGUGCAUCCAGAGAAACACGUUGUCGCGUGGAUCCCCCACACGAGCUGCUUGGAAUCAUAACAACUGAUCAAGCCGAGGGGGAGUACAAAUGGCGGAACUACCUCAAACUGAAUGAGAUUCCGUGGCUCAGCGGUCAUCAAAUACAAGGGCAGAUAAUUUUCCCUGCUGCUGGGUAUCUCGUCAUGGCCCUCGAAGCCUCUAAGACAGUAGCCGCUGGCAAAGAAGUACGACUGAUCGAGAUCAAAGACUUCAGGAUCUUGCAAGCUAUCUCCAUCAAUGAUGAUGACUCAGGCGUGGAAACUCUGUUUGGCAUUAGCAAUAUUGUCUCUGAUGCCAAGAGGGACGUUCUCACAGCGGACUUCGUCUGCCAUGCUUGUUUGAGUAGAGAUACUGGGUCUCUUGUUUUGGUCAGCCUGGGUAAGAUUAUUCUAUACUCCGGCUCGCCUUCGAGGACAAUUCUUCCAAGGAGAAGAUUAGUCGUGAUCAAUGACCUGCGCGAGGUCAAUAUUGACACAUUGUACAAGUCACUCGAGGAUGUCGGCUAUGGAUACACAGGACCAUUCAAAGGAAUUUCAUUCCUCGAGCAGAAGCUGGAUACUGCAACCGGACUUCUCGUCGAUGCGAACUCCAGUGCUUCAAAUUCAUCCUUGAUGAUGCACCCAGGAACUCUCGAUUCCGCCAUCCAGACUCUCUUUGCCUGUCUCGGGACACCAGGCGAUGGCAGUCUCUGGACACUUCACGUCCCAGUCACGAUUCGAAACAUUCGUGUCAAUCCUGCGAUAUGCGCCAAUACCAAUGAUGACCAGAGAAACGAGGUGAUUUUCGAUGCGGUUCUGGUGGAAAGUAAAUCUGAUACCCUCUGCGGUGAUGUCACCUUAUACGACAUCCAGUCCUUGGACGCUAUUUGUCAGAUUGAGGGCAUUGAGGUCAAGCCCCUUAUGCCUGCGACGCCAGCUGAUGAUCGACAAUUAUUUCAUGAACUUGUCUGGGGCACUGCUGAGCCGGACGCGUCGUUGGUAUAUCGAAAGUCCGAUUUCUCAACUGCUGAAAUGCAGAAAGCGGAGACCUUGGAGAAGAUAUGUUUGUAUUACUUGAAGCAGCUCCUUGAUUCUGUAACACUUGAAGAGAUGGAACAGACGACCUGGCAUGGGAAGAAAAUCCUUGCCUUUGCAACUCAUGUUGUUGAUGAGACGAAAGCUGGAAGACAUCCGUCGUGUAAAUCAGAGUGGCUGGACCACUCGUGGGCUAAUAUCCAAGCCGUUGCUGAUCAAUAUGUAGCGGAUGUUGAUUGCAAGCUUUUACAUGUUGUCGGAAUGAAGUUGAUACCCUUCAUCAGAGGCGAGACCUCAAUCUUGGAGCAUAUGAGACAAGAUAGCUUGCUGGAUUUAUAUUACCAGAACUCGGAAUUGUUGGAGUAUAACAUGUAUGCUGGACUGAUUGUCCAACAAAUAGCAUUUAGAUAUCCCUUGAUCAAGAUUUUGGAAAUUGGUGCUGGUACUGGUGGCAUUACCAGAUCUAUUUUGAGACAUAUCGAUAACAAAUAUUCGUCAUACACGUUCACGGAUAUUUCAGUCGGAUUCUUCGAGGAAGCGCAAGAGACGUUCCAGGCUCAUGGUCGAAUCAUCUACGAAGUUCUGGAUAUUGAGCGGGACCCAACGACUCAAGGCUUUGCCGAACACUCUUAUGACCUUAUCAUCGCAUCUAAUGUACUUCAUGCUACCAAAGUUCUCGACCAUACUAUGACGAAUGUUCGGAGAUUGCUGAAGCCUGGAGGCAAGCUUCUAGUGCUUGAGGCAGUUGAUAAUGGUGCUACUCGCGUCGGGUUCAGUUUCUGUGGAGUGCCCGGCUGGUGGGCAGGGGCUGGAGACGGAAGGGAACUGACUCCGCUUAUCACACCUAGUCAAUGGGACUCAUUGCUUAUGAAGAAUGGAUUCUCGGGCCUUGAUACCAUCACUCCUGGAACCGAAUCUGUUUACCAACCUGUCGCUGUCUUCAUCUCAACUGCUGUCGAUGCGCAGAUCGAGCUUUUACAAAAGCCACUUGCUCUGACCGGGCCUAAGCCACAACUCGACACCAUCUUCUUGGUAGGCGGAAAGACGAGUCGAACCAAUAAGUUGAUAGGAGACCUGGAAACGAUCCUUGAGCCAUGGACGAUCAACGUCAAAACACUGGAGAAUCUUGAAGACAUCCACAAAAUAGAUGAUUUCUCGAUGGUUCACGUCCUCAAUCUAUCUGAAUUAGACGAGCCAAUCUUCGCAGAAUUGACCUCGGAACGUCUUGAGUUGUUCAAGUCACUACUCAACAUCUCGAAGACCUUCCUCUGGGUAACGGCAGGCAGCAAAUCAGAGCGGCCAUACUCGAACAUGGCACUUGGCAUCGGCCGAACGCUGGUUCACGAGAUGCCGCAUCUUCGUCUCCAAGUACUGGAUGCUGCUAAGAGUGAAGAAUUUAGUGCCAUUCUCCUCGCUGAGGCUUUCUUGAGGAUUGUUUUGGCUGAGACAUGGGAGAAUGAUAUCUAUGCCCCGAAGCGUAUGUGGUCGAACGAGCCGGAGUUGUGGCUUGAGGAUGGUCGAUUCCAUAUCACGCGAGUGGUACCAGAUAGAGCGGCGAACAAUAGACUUAUGUCUACUCGACGGGUCAUUGAGGAAGACGUCAGUGUCGAUGAAGCCAUGGUUGGAGUCAGUCAUAACGGAAGAUCGUACGAGAUACAACGAUCACCAUCUGAACCGUCUUUGACCCAGUCGAGAGACAUGACUUCGAUCCGCGUCACGCACUCCAGCUUGAUGGCUCUGAAUAUCAAGUCUGCCGGAGCUCUUCACCUAAUUCUGGGAGAGCUCCCCGAGCUGGGAGUGAAGGUCAUCGCACUGUCAGAGAAGGUUGGAUCCAUGAUCACUACCAACUCCAGCUGGAUUGUGCCAUGGCAUAUUCCGCGCGGAGAUGAGACGUUGUUACUGAUGGCCAUUGCAACCGAAAUGCUAGCUCAAUCAAUUGUCGAUAUGGCAAGAAGUAACAGCAGCUUAUUGGUAUUUGAACCGGAUUUAUUUCUCGUGGAUGCAAUCGCACGGAAGGCACGCUACAUGGAUGUUCAGCCAUAUUUUGUCACCGCAGAUGAAUCGCCGGAGAAGAGCGAUUGGAUGAAGAUGCAUCAAUUCUCUUCAGAUCGUGGUAUCAAAUUCCUUCUCCCUGCAGAUGUCUCUGCUUUCAUAGACAUGUCAGACAAGUCAGAUCUAGCUGCACGAGUUUCGGUGUUGCUUCCAUAUCAUACUCAACGGGCAGAUACUUCAACAUUCCUUAGUCGUACUUCGAAUUACCAUGCGACCGGAUCUCGCAACUCCGCUUCCGAUAGUCUCAGAAUUGCACUUGCAAGUGCAAUGUCGGUCGUUCGCUCGACGAGAUCAAUCAUUAACCCUGUAGUUAUUGAUGCCGCGGCAUUGGCUUCCACGACGCCCUCAGCUCCAGGGUUACAGAUCGUAGACUGGGGUUCCGGUUCCAAACUUCCCAUCAGAAUCCAGAGCGCAGAAUCCAUGAUGAGAUUCAAAAGCGACAAAACUUAUCUCUUGAUUGGAAUGGCCGGUAAUUUGGGCCGAUCGCUGUGCCGAUGGAUGAUACUUCGUGGAGCGAAGCAUAUCGUGCUGACAAGUCGGAAUCCAAAUAUCGAGCAGAGCUGGCUAGAUGAGAUAGAAAGUAUUGGAGGGGUAGUGAGCAUAAUGUCGAUGGACGUAUCCAAUAAAGCUUCAUUGCUUGCAACGCACAAGCAAAUCACCUCCAACUUGCCACCAAUUGCUGGGGUUGCCAAUGCCGCUAUGGUCUUGAGCGAUACCCUGCUAUCUAACAUGAGUUUCGAAGAAAUGCAAACCGUUCUCAAGCCGAAAGUUGAUGGCAGUCGCUUCCUCGACGAACUAUUCCCAAACAAUGACCUCGAUUUCUUCAUCCUCUUCGGAUCCUCGGUUGAUGUCAUGGGAAACUCUGGUCAAGCAGCAUACUGCGCGGCGAACAUGUUCAUGAACAGUCUCGUCUCAUCUCGCCAGAAACGUGGGCUUGCUGGGUCACUCAUCGGCCUCGGAGAAGUCAAAGGUGUUGGCUAUGCAGCUCGCAUGAACCGCGAAUUGAACGAUAUUAUUGGUGCGACUCUGCCUCUUUCCGAGAAAGAGGUUCAUCAUAUGUUCGCGGAAGGUGUUCUCGCGGGCGCUCCUGGAAGCAGUCGGAAUCCAAUCUUGUAUGCAGGGAUGGAUUCCAAGGAUCCCCGCAAGGAUCCGGAUAUUCUUUGGUACCCGCAUCCCAAGUUUUGGCAUUACAUUGAGAGUGGAGACGGUGCUGCUGCAACAGAAUCCAAAAGUACUGCUGUUAGCUUGAAAUCUCAGCUGGCUUUGGCAACGAGUAUGGACGAUGUAGUAAACAUUGUGACAGAUUCUUUCACACUCAAAUUGCGACACAAACUACAAAUAUCAUCCGAUACCGCCGUUUUAGACGAAGCCGUGCUUCUCGAACUCGGCAUCGACUCUCUUGUCGCAGUGGAUCUGCGGGCUUGGUUUGUUACCGAGCUCGGAGUCGAUAUGCCAAUCUUGAAAAUCCUAGGCGGGGCGACAAUCAGCGAUCUCGUCACAGACGCUGUUGCUCGAUUGCCACUCACAAUGUUACCAGCUGUUGUUGUGGAAGCCAAGGAAGAAGAUACUAAGGCUUCGCAAGCCGUGUUGGUGCCAAAUGGCCUUGGUGGACACGAUCUCCUCCCAGCCAUCGCUGUCCAGACUCCUGCAACCAAAACAAAAGAGCAAGCUGUACAAGUAGAAGAAGCGGGAGCGCCAGAAAUGAAACUGCUUGACACACCAAUUAGACAGCAGGGACAUUCCAAGAAUCUGUCAUUUGACUCGACUUCAUCCGGAAACUCAUCGUCGGAGCAAGAUACUUCCUCUCAGUCUCGUUCCUCAGCUCUCUCGGAGACAUCGUCAGCGUCUGAUCAUGAAGACCAGUCACACAUGCUGACACCGAGUCUUGACGUUAACUCAAAUGAUGAACAGAAACAGCUAGGUCAGAACCCUGGACUUGGUGGUGUUGGGAAUAACGUAUCACCCGCCUCACCAGAGGAGCAGAUCUUCACACCCCGAUCGGAUAGGAUGGAUAUAACUUGUGUGAUCACGUCAGAGAGCAUUUCCAGAUUUGGAGAUGAUGUUCUACGUGCUGAUGAUUGCAAGCAUGGGCUCGGCAUAACGAUCAACGAAGUAGGCAUUUCACUAAGUACUGACCACCAGCUACCUGGCCCAGUACCCGCUACGGAUUGUGAUAGCACAGAAGAUGGCAUUGAUAUCCUCCAACAAAGCAUCUGUGUACCAGAUUCUCACCAAUUAGCUACACCUGAGAACAUUACUGCCGUCCAGGAAGCGAAUAAACCAGUACGGAUGAUUUUCACGUCCCAUGACGGUCAGAGCAUCACUCUAUCGUCUGAAGAGAUCGGCGAUGACAGCCGCCCGACACUGCGACUUGACGGCGUGGGAGUGCGAGACAACACUGCUGGAGUAUGAAGUAUUGAUCUUUUUGAGAUGACAUGAUUAGUCUGAAAUACUUUUCGCAUUUGCUUUUACAGUCAGUCAUGCAUGUUCUCUGAAAAUUUGAUGUAUUGGGGUUUCAUUAUAUUUUAUCAUGGCAAGUCUGUUGGCGUAAUUGAGUUAAUUUCAGGGGCUUGCUUUAUAGUGUUAGGCGCCCUGGCUCUCUGAAUAUCUAUAUGUUGGAGUUGUUUCAAUUACUUGGGAGAUGAGUAAGGAAUCACACGAAAAUAUGAGUAAUCGUUAUUUUACAUAUUCUGCGGUGAAUUCAUCAAUUAGCGAGUUGAAUCUGAGAAACCCUCUUGGGUGAUCGCCUCCUGUGAAAUAGGGGGCGGGGUAAUUGCUCGCUUAAAUUUACAGUACCCCUCCAAGCACAGGACCAAAAAAAAAGUUAGAGUCGCCCCGAAAGUAACAGCCUUAAAUCUCAGCAAGGGAGCCAAAUCUUAAAGAUAAACUCUAGGGUACAUCAGUAUCACAUCGAUAAUCAUUGUAUCCACCUCAAUCCCAACUCAUCUUCCUAAACGUCUCCUUCGAAUCCACAAACAUCUCCUCACUCAACCCCAAAUCCUCCUUUGUAACAACACCCUCCCCACUCCACGCACCCUUCCCAGCAAUCUCCCAAAACUUCAUCAUAAGACCAAUCUCCGUCCCCCAAACCGGCCAAAGCUUAUCAUAUUCCUCGACCGAAGCAAUCUCAACAUACAUGGUAUUCUUGCCUGUUGUCUGACCCCAAAUUUUCACAAGUUCGCCGACAGUUGUUUCUUCCACGACACCGAGGACAUACUUCCCUUUCGUCAGAAGGGGUUGGGCUAGGAUUGCAGAGGUGAAUAGUCCGACGUUGGUGUGGACGUCGCCGAUGGUUUGUACGAUUGUUGUGGGUGGUACUGGGCCUAGUUGGAUGUACUUACCCACGGUUUCCUAUAUCUCUCCACGGAUACUCGAAAUUCUGCGCAUACGGCCCAAUCCACAGAAACGUAGUCUUCGCAUACAACUCCUCAUUCUCCUUGAUGUAAGAAUCAAUCUGUGCCUUUCCCUGAUGAUGCGGGACCGAGAUCUUCCCAUUCGAUAACUUUUCCGUGUCGGGAAGAGUACUCCAGAUAUAGUGUUUCAAGUUAAGCGUUUUCGCCGCUGCAUUAGCGAGAUUUUGACCCUGCUUUACUUCGAGGGAUAUUGCUGCUGCUGGGUCUAGUUUGGGGAAGUGCUCGAAGAAGUUGGUUAGGCCGAAGAUUGCUGUGGAUCCCUGAGGGAGAUGUUAGUUGGAUUGAAAGGGGGGAGCGACGUGGGGACUUACCUCGAAAGCUUUCAUGAGUGAUUCUUCGCUGUUGAGAUCAGCUGCAACGACUUCUACGCCACGAGCUUGCAGUUGCUUUGCUUUUUCGCUGGAGGUGUUGCGUGUGAUGACUCGGAUAUCGUACAGACCGGACUUUAGUGCUGCUUGGAGGACAGAGCCUCCUUGAAGACCUGUAGCGCCGACGAUGGUGAAGAUGGGAGCCAUUGUAUGUUAAAGUACGUGAAUUUGAUUUGUGUUGACUUUGUAUGAACGACACGGAAUGAAAGUGAAUAUUCAAAUUUUGGAAUCAG